GUGGUGAUAGGAGUUAAACGAUGAGAGGACACAUGCUAGGUUGUCAUUGAAUCGAGAUUUCCACGAAGACCGAUGGUCUAAGAAUCGAUGCGUCACUUCAAUGGAUUGGCCAACACAUUUUCCUGAACUGGUUGUUGUUUCAUAUCACAAUCAUGAGGAGAGUCACAAUGAACCAGAUGGUGUUGUAAUGGUCUGGAACACAAAAUAUAAAAAACAAACACCCGAAGAUGUAUUCCAUUGUCAAAGUGCCGUUAUGUCAACAUGCUUUGCUAAACCAGCAGAGCACCUCUAAGUGCAACUGCACAUACGCAUCCAGUGUAUUGUUUGCAAAUGGUUGGCACACAGAAUGCAGACAAUGUGUUAUCGAUCUCAUCCGAUGGCAAGCUUUGCUCAUGGAGAUACACUGGAAUUGCAGCCACGGCAAUCGAACCCAAUUGCUAUCAGUUGCAUGUCCUUUCCAUCGAAUGAGAUUAACAAUCUGGUUAUGGGUAGUGAAGAUGGCAAUGUUUAUUAUGCUUAUCGACAUGGAAUACGUUCGGGUGUGUCUGAAGUCUAUGAGAAACAUUUGGGUCCAGUGACGGGAAUAUCAACUCAUCCAAAUCAAUCUACAACAGAUUUUGGUGAUUUGUUUCUUACAUCGUCCAUUGAUUGGACAAUAAAGUUAUGGAGUCUUAAGGACACUAAACCAUCAUAUUCAUUUGAAGAAAAUUCAAAUUAUGUUAUGGUCUCCAAUUCAUCCCGCCUUGUUCGCUUCUGUCGACGGCAGUGGUCGCCUUGA